UUGGAAGCCAAUUAGGAAAAGGAAUGUGGAAUCUUUGAUCCCAAUUUCAAAAGAACAAUAGAUCUCAACCUCUAAUUCCAUAUUCUCCAGACAAUUAACCCCUCUUCUCCUCACCUUGUCUUUCAUUCUUAUCAUGGAACCUCACCAAUUCUUCUUCUUCCUCAUCACACUAUCAACUAAAACUACUUGACAUGUCUUCUCAGCCACCACCACAACCACCACACUCACAACCUCACCUCCACAAGAAACCAACUUCCUUCCCAGACUUCAUCUUCACCGCUUUUUCUGUCUUCAUCAUCUUCUCUUCUUCUUCCAACAACCCCACUUCUUCUCUUCUCCGUAAAUUCACCCCUCUUGUUUCUUUCCCUCUUAACCCUCGUAGAUUCCUCAGAAUUCCCACUAUGUCCAACCCCACUUCGACCAAUCUCCGUAACCACUUCCCUAAUCCACAAUCUUUAUCUGAUUGGUUAAGGCCACGUAUGCCUUCAGAUUCUUUUGCUUCUUGGGGCGUUAAGCCUGGAACCAAGAAUGUUAAUAAUCUCUGGCUUGAGUUAUCUGAAGGGGAGACUUUGUUAGCUGAUGCUAUACCUCCUGUUAGAACUGUUGAGGUUAUGGUUGUCAGGGUUAUUGGAAAAGACAAUAAAGUCCUUGUCGAAUCGCAUCAAGAAUUGUCGAAUGGCGUUGUAAGGCAACGGUGUAGGCCGUUGUCUGAAAAGAUGAAGCCUGGAGAGACAGUUGAAGAUGCGGCUUUUCGUGCUGUGAAAGAAGAACUUGGUUCAGUGAUUGGUGGGGAAUUUGGAGAGAAUGGUGUUGUUAAGAUUUUGCCUAAUUCGUAUACGAAGAAGGUGGAAGAAAGGGUUUCAGCGUCAUAUCCUGGAUUGCCUGCUUGCUAUGUGUUGCAUACUGUUGAGGCUGUAGUGGAUGGUUUGCCUGAUGAGGAGUUUUGCACGGUAGAAACCGAUGAAUAUGGGGAUUCUAGUGGGAGUAUGGUCAAAGAUGGUGCAGUUUCAUGUAAAAAGCAUUACUGGAAGUGGGUUGAGGCUGAUUCGUUUGAUCGUUGAUGUGGGAGGUGAGUUUGAGCUCUUGUCCUUCCAAGAUUGUAUUUUUGACUACUACUACAUGGUUCAUAAUAAAGAUGACUUCACAGGACUUGAAGGUUUAAUGUCAUAUACUUUAUAGGAUUAUUUAGAUACAGUUACACAGAACGAAUUGCGUCAUUUAGCUUUCUAUUCAUGUUAAUAUCCAUCUCAGGGGUAUUGAGGAUUUAAUAUUUAAUGCAUGUAUAUCUUUCUAACAGUGAGAGCUUCUUGUAUUGUCCUGAGAAGAACAGGAUGGCAUUUGAAAUUCAAUUAGCAUUGUACU